AUGGAGCUCAACAACAACAACAAUGCGGUUAACACCAAUGUUGUUAAUCCUCCUAAUAUGCAUGCACAACCCAGGAGAACACUUCGGUCAUAUAAUGCACCUAGCCCAGAUUUAUAUGGGAAUAGCAUUCUACUCCUCCUUCCAUUUACUGUGGGGGACCAAGUUAAACAGUGGCUUGACACUCAACCCAAGGAGAGCCUGGAUACUUGGGAUAAAGUGGUCAACAAGUUUCUGACCAAGUUCUUUCCACCUCAGAGGCUAACUAAGCUGAAGACGGAUAUUCAGACCUUCAGGAAGAGAGAGGGUGAGUCUUUCUAUAGAGCUUGGGAAAGGUACAAGUUGAUGCUUAGAAAGUGUCCUCCUGACAUGUUCUCAGACUGGAUUCAGUUUUCGAUAUUCUAUGAUGGAGUUUUUGAGACCACCAAAAUGUCUCUAGAUAAUUCUUCAGGAGGCUCACUCCACAUGAAAAAGACUCCUAAUGAGGCUAUAGAGCUGAUUGAGAUGGUUGCUAACAACCAAUAUUUAUAUUCCUGUGAGAGGACCUCUGUAAAGAAGAGAGUCAUAGAGUUGGAUGCCUUGGAUGCUAUUCUUGCCCAGAACAAGGCUAUGUCUCAGCAAAUUAAUGCUAUUACACAGCACUUGAGUGGAAUGCAAGUUUUAGCCGUCAAUGCUCAAGACACUUCCUAUGACAUGAGUGGUGGUUUCCCUCAAAGUGAGAGUUAUGAGUAUGGCCAGUUUACUUCUGAACAGGUUAAUUUCAUGGGUAAUUCCUCUAGACCCUCCAACAAUGAUCCUUUUUCUAAGACAUAUAAUCAAGUGUGGAGAAAUCAUCCUAACUUUGGUUGA